CGGUCCUCGAACAAGCGCGCACGAUCUCCUGCACCCGCUGCAUUGCCUCAACCCACUUCGCCCGCUAUCGUCAAGCAAGAUGGUCUUCAACAGAAGAACGGGAACGGGAGCAAGAAAGGCGCCAAGGAGCGGCAGCCGCCUAAGAUUCCCGCCUUCUUGAACCUCUCCGAGCAGGACAUCAUUGCCAAGUACAACGAAAUCACCUGGAAUGAGCGGAAUCGUGUGUUUCAAGGCAUGACGAAUGCGUCACCAACUUUCAAGUUUGCGCGAGUCGACCUGGCUUUCCGAUCCCUGGAUCGAUAUGGCAACAUCCAGCCCUGGAACAACAACCGAGUCAGGCUGCAAGUUCCCGAAGGCGCUGCUGAUUACAUCAAUGCCUCGCCUAUCGUACUGCACUCUCCUCUGGCGCCAGAGAGAAGACCGCCGCACAAGUACAUCGCCAUGCAAGGUCCAACUGAGAGAACAUCGGAGCAUGUAUGGCGCAUGGUGUCAGAACAGUUGACAAGCCCGGCUGUUAUGGUCAUGUUGACUGAGACGCAUGAGAACAACGCAGAGAAGUGCUUCCCCUACUAUCCGCGUGCCAUAGACGGUACCAUUGUCAUUGGCGAGCACGAUGAGUUUCAAGAUGGGUGGCGGGCGCAAGUAAGAUGUGUAGGUAUAGAAGAAAAGGCAGACGGCGCCAUCGAGAUGCGCAAGUUGCAGGUCCAGGUCGACGGCCGCGAGGACCAUAUGGAAGUGUGGCAUUUGCUAUACAAGAGGUGGCCCGACUUUGGUGUUCCCGCCCUCGAGGACAUAAACUCCUUCUUCGAGCUCAUGAGCAUCUCUCGCGACAAGAAUGCCAGCGAAGACAAUCCUCGGAUUGUUCACUGUUCUGCCGGUGUAGGACGCAGCGGCACCUUCAUUGCCCUGGAGCACCUCAUGCGCGAGAUUGACUCGGGAGACCUCGAGAUGUACGAUGAGGUCCAGGGUGACCUCGUCUUCGAAACAGUCAACACCCUCCGAGAACAGCGAAAGAUGAUGGUACAGGCAGAGCUGCAGUACUUGUUCAUCUACCAAGUGCUACGGAAGCAAUGGAUGGAGAAAUACGGCAUACUUGAGGACCAAAGUGAGCCGGCUGCGAAACGACUGGAAAUUGGAGCUGAUCCAUUCGUGGAGGAC